CCGUUAAAGCACGGCUCGUCGGCUUCUCCUUCCUCCGUCUCAACAGCCUCACUCGCUGCCCGUGCCACCCACACGUCCUCGUCGCCCAUGGCGGCUCCAGCCAGGGGCCUCGCGCUUCCGCCGCCCCUCUCCUACCCCAGCACGUCCCGGCGGCGCCUUGACCCUUCCACGCGGGGACGCAGCAGCCGCAGCCGACGACGCGUCCCCGGAGUGCGCGCGGCGGCGUUGGAGGCGGCGGAGGGUGCUUCGAGGGCGACGGAGCCCGUGGAGGUGGUAGGGGUCGGGAGCCGGAAGGACGCUGUCAUCAACUUCUGCCUGGGCUCCCGCACACUGUCCUCCACCCCCAUCCGCUUCUGGACAGUACAUAUGAUGGAUAAUUCUAGAGUACAGUUAAUACAAAAAGGCCAUGAAACUGAUGCAGUGUUCAGAGACCUGGAACCUCCCUUAUUUCUUCAUCCCUGCCCACCUGCGGUUAUUCUUGUUUCAAGUGCAGGUCAGGAUGCUGAUCAUAUUACUGCAAUGGAACUUCUUAGUGCUGUCAAAUCUGCUGGUAAUCUGGCUGCAUCAAUAUUUUUGAAGCCCUUCUGCUUUGAGGGACAAAGACGGCAAGUAGAGGCAGCUGAUUUGAUUGGCAAGCUUCGAACAUGCUCAAACUUUCACAUUGUUAUUGAAGCUGAUUCAUUGCUUGAGACGGAAGUGGAAACUCUUGCUGAAGCUUUGGAAAGUGCCAAUAAUGCUGUCCUGUCAACUAUUAGCAUGAUAUCUAUCAUGAUGUCUGGUUAUAAUAAGAUGUUCUGGAGUUCCCUUAAUGUGCAAAUUAAGGAAGUUGAUCCUGAGGAAGUAGCCAAGCUACUUAGAAGCUAUGGGGAAGCUAGAGUUGGCUUUGGUGCUGGUUAUAACAUCCAGUCAGCAAUUAAGCAGGCUGUCUUCCACUGUCCAUUUCUUCGUGGUGGCAUAAAGGACUUGAACAAUGUGGUUUUCCUCUCCCUUACAACUGCUCGGGUAUUGUCUGAAAGUGAUAUGAUCUCCAUUCUGCACAUCUUUCGUCGAGUUACUGGAUUCACCAAAGAUAUUAUAUUUUCUAGAAAUUCUGAACCUGAUUUAGAGCCAAAACUAAUAGUAGUUUCUCUUCUAACUAUCCGAAACCACUAUGAUGAAAGUGUUGCCACAGUACAAGAGGGCUUUCUUUCAAGUUUGGCCUUGUGUUUUCCUUUUAUAUCCUCUCUUAUGGGAGGAGAUAUACUUGAGCAGGAACAAACUAGGCAAAAGCAUUCAUUUGAUCAACUGCCUGACAAUGGAUCUAAUUCUGUAGAGCGAGAAUUCUCACAACUUUCUAAUGGUUCUUCUGAUGCUACUGUUUCGAAAUUAUCUCCUGAAGAAAUUGAGAAUUUGGAAUCUGAGAGAGAGAGUAAUGACUGGAAUCGGAGAAUAAAACCAGAAUCUCUAGAAGGUAAUCUUCUGGUUGCUGAAGAAAUGGGCAUGCAUGACAACAGAGAGCAUUUAGGUUCACAGCAGGACCAUGGUUUCUUAAGUAACUCCCCUGGUUUUGGCAUUGCACAAUUGUGGGCUAAAGAGCGUACAAUGGCAAGUGGAAGCAGUAAAAAUGAUGAGCUCGAUAUUGUCACUCUUCCUGUUGGUGUAAAACUUAGCAAAGUUAAGUCUGAUCAGUCUCCAAAUACGCACCCUGAAACUCCUGAUGCUGGCACAACUGCAGCUACUGGACAUGCUGCCUUUGCAGUACCAUUUUCUGAUGUUCGUUUGGAGAAAGUAAUGGACAUGUGUAGUUCUGCAGUCACGUUUCUAAGGGGCAGAAUGGAUAGGUCUCGAAAGCGUGGCUCAAACUCAAUAUCCAGCCGGGCUGCAUUGAUGCUCGAUGCAGAAAGAGAACCAGAAAAGACAUGGAGCCCCAUAGUUGAAAUACGGUAUGGAGGGGGAACUUAUAGAGGCAGAUGCCAAGAAGGUGUCCCUGAAGGAAAGGGUCGUCUAACAUUCAGUGAUGGGAGCUUUUAUGAUGGACUCUGGAGGUAUGGUAAGAGAUCUGGUUUGGGGACUCUCUUUCACAGUAAUGGUGAUGUAUAUCACGGAACGUGGAGGGAUGACCUUAUUCAUGGAAAGGGCUGGUACUAUUUUCACAGUGGUGACCGCUGGUUUGCAAAUUUUUGGAAAGGGAAGGCUAAUGGCGAAGGUAGAUUUUAUGCCAAGGAUGGGAGUAUCUUCUUUGCCCAUUUUCAAAACGGAUGGCGCCAUGGGGAGAGCCUAUUGGUAGAUGCAAAUGGAUCAAGGUGGAUUGAAGUUUGGGAUGAGGGUGUACUUGUUAGCAGAACUAAAAUGGAGAAAUAGGGCUUCUGAUCUAAGUAGAUCUUCAGAUAUUGGCAAAAUUUUGCUUCUCCGGCUAUGCUUCAAAAUCUCAGAUGUUGCAAGGCACUCUGUUGGUUCACGGCUUGGAUGACAGGAAUGCAGAUGAAUGCUAGUGGAAUUCUGAAGACCUAUUAUUCUGUUUAGUUGGAGAGAAGAUCUCAAGUUCUUCACUUUUGGAGUUGGACAAUAUACGAUUUAUCAUGCCUCCGACGAAUGACAUCUGGGAUUCGAAGUUUGUGUGUUUCAAUGAGCUAGAGGCAAAUCUGUGCAGACAACGACAUCCCCUCCUUUCGGUACGAUUAAAGGAAACUUUUGAAGUAUAUACAAUGGAGCCAGUUUAAUCAAAAUAUUCUGGGAACUGACAGCUUAGGAGCUCAAGUGCAACUCCCCUUCUUGAUCUGGACGGUAUCAGCAUCUACCAGAUUCAUUCCAUCCAUCGCCUUGCCGUUUCAAAAUCUAAGCGGCAGAAGGUCGGGGAUCCUACCGAGCACCCAAGGUACGCCUGCAUGGUUCCCAUAAGAAAACCUAUCUGCUGUCACGUCCCAAGUGGUUCCAGGGCUCUCUUGCGUGCUAUCACUUCCUGGUGGAGCCGCUGGCUGAUUGCUGUGCUGGUACAUUUGAGUAUUUCAUAUCGGACGCAAGCUAGUGGCUACGGAUUGAAGUCGCACGGCAACUUGGCAGUUCGCCAGCCGUGAAUCUGUGGGCAUGCAUUUUGUUUCCCCCCUGCCGAUCCGGUCAUGCGUCCCUUGCGUCAACCAAUCUUCAUCCCUGUAUUUCGUGGGCCAUUAAAAAAAUGUGUAUCUGGAAGCGCCAUGCUGCUCUGUCGCUGUGCAGUGUGCAUGCACCCGGACUGCAACUUCCCUGCAAUUGCAAUUCCUGGCAGGCAACGGCUUUCUUAUAA